GGAAAUGUAAAUAUAUAUUUAUCAAGCGGACUGAUCCAAAUCAAACGCAUAUAAUAAUGUGACAUUAUUUAUGUCUCUGAUGUGACGUAGGAAAGUAAUACGAUAUAUUCAUUAGUUUGUUGAGCCAAUCAAACAAGAUGAUAUAGACGAGGAAAAAACGAAAGUAGAAAAUUAUAAGAUGAAUUAAACCAAAACUUUUUAUGGGUAAAUCUGCGAGUUUAAUUUACGCUUUAAUACACGCUAUUUUAAUGCUUAAUGACAUAACUAAUCUUAAUAUGUACUUUCAUUUCUUGUAAAUUGCGCUAAAUUUAGCAUCUACCAAUCUGAACAUAUUUGUCUGCCUAGUAACGAAAGUUAUACAUGUACAUUAAACAAGUGUUAAUGAGAAAUCGGAAUCGACAGCUUUGAGUCCUUUCUUCCAACGAUAAAGGAAUCAAUUCAGAUAAAACAUGUCAAGUUUCCUAGUGGCAGCGAUAGACUUUGGUACAACCUUUUCUGGUUAUGCCUUUUCAUUUCUACAUGACUACAAAAAAGAGCCUUUGAAGAUAUCAGCCAAAACAUGGACUGCAGGCGUAGGCAGUUUAGUAUCCUUGAAAACCUCGACGUGCGUUCUUUUUGACUCAACACAAACAUUCCAUUCAUUUGGCUACGAAGCUGAGGAAAAGUAUUCUAACUUGGCCAUAGAUGAUGAGCAUCAUGAUUGGUACUUCUUCAGAAGAUUCAAAAUGAUAUUGUACAACAAGAUGAAAUUGACGAGAGAAACACUUCUUGAAGAUGACAAAGGAAAGAAAAUGGAAGCAAUGAAAGUAUUUUCUUCUGCAAUUGGCUUCUUAAAACAUCACAUGUUGACCACUUGCAAAAGGCAGUUAGCUGACAUAGAACAAUCUGAUAUAAUGUGGGUUUUGACGGUGCCAGCCAUUUGGACCGAUUCGUCAAAACAAUUCAUGAGAGAAGCAGCAGAAAAGGUUGGAAUUUCCGCUGACAAGUUGAUGAUUGCUCUCGAACCGGAGGCUGCCUCCUUGUAUUGCAUGUACCAACCAGUCCAGAAGGAUACCGAGAAUUCUACAUUUGGGGUCUUCAAAUCAGGGGCAAAAUACAUGGUUGUUGAUGCUGGAGGUGGAACAAUAGAUAUUACUGUUCAUGAAGUUCAGGAUAAUGGAACAUUAAAAGAACUCCACAAAGCCAACGGUGGUGACUGGGGUGGAACCAAGGUAGAUGCAUCAUUCACAAGUCUUUUGGCCGAUAUUGUAGGAAACGACGUUAUGAAGGCCUUUAGUUCUAUUCACAAGUACGAUUUUCUUGAAUUUCUGAGAGAGUUUGAGGUAAAGAAGAGGACCAUAACGCCCGAACUUACAGACAAAGUCACAUUUAAGAUUCCGAUCAAGUUGCUAGAGACCUUUUGCAACACCAAUCCGGGAAGUGAUAUAAAGACAGCUAUCACGUCAAAGCCUAAGUUCGAAAACAAACUGACAUGGACUGGCGAUAAGCUACGAAUGGAUGCAGAGCUAACCAAGGCUCUCUUUGAUGAAAGCAGCAAGAAAAUAGUUGAUCAUUUGAAGCAGCUCUUCAGGCAUUCUACCGUAAAGGAUGUGUCAACUAUUCUACUGGUAGGAGGAUUUGCAGAAUCACCCAUGUUACAGGUGGCUAUAAGAGAAGCAUUUAAAGAUAAAAAAGUUAUUGUACCACAAGAUGCAGGAUUAGCAGUUCUGAAGGGCGCAGUGUUGUAUGGACACGAACCAAAAACAAUUUCUGCGCGAGUUUGCAAAUAUACAUACGGUGUUAAUAAAACCAACAAAUUUAAGAGUGGUAUUCAUCUCAAAUCUAAGAAGUGUAUAAUUAAUGGUGUUGAACGUUGUCGCGACUUAUUUAGUACUCAUGUACGUGUUGGACAAUUGGUUAAAGUAGGGAAACCGCAGGUUAAACAAAACUACCAUGUUGUAGCACCCGAUCAAAACAGAAUAAGCUUUAGUAUAUACACAUCAAACAACAAAGAACCAACAUACACGACAGAUGAAGGUUGUGCUCUUUUGGGUAAACUCACUCUCCACAUGCCAGACACAACAAAGGGAAUGAAUCGAGGCGCAAAUGUCCAUAUGACGUUUAGUGGCACUGAAAUUCUUGUUACAGCGGUUGAUCAAGAUAAUCCUGAAAAAGCUGUCACGACAACCGUUGAUUUCCUUGGAUAGAAGAAGACUCUUCCGUUCGGAAGCCCGUAUCUUUCAUUUUAUUUCGCAUGAAUAAGGGAUUUAGAUUUUGCUUGAUAGUCAAUAUAUAACAUAAAAUAAUUGAAAAAGGUCAUCGUGUUCUUUUGAAAAUACCAUUUAUGUUUGUGUGUGACAAUGUAAUUAAUGUAUGUAAUGUAUAUACAUUUAUUUUAUGUUAUAAAAAUAUAUUUCUUUUGUGUCUUGAACACAUCAUCAAACGUUUUCAUGUGUUGACUAGUAAAUCAAGAUCAGUUUUAUAUAUUCAUUGUUUGGUUAUGGUUUUCUUUUGGUUGUAUGUGUGGUUUCUUUUUUUUAUAUUUUCAUUACUAUAUGUAGAAUUUUUAAUUUGAAUAUAUAUCCUGAUAAAGUUUUUUUUUAGUGCUGAGAAAUAAUGAUAAUAAAUUACUGUGAAAUCAUUUAAAUUCGUGGGGGGGGGGGGGGCAAUUUGCGUGGAUUGUGGGUUACUGUGAGUAUUUGCUUAUUCAGGGGAUGUUAUUUCGUUGAUGCUUCGGUUUUCAGUUUCAGUUAAAAAAAGUAACUCUUUCUAAAAUUGUUUUCGUUGAUGAUUUAAAUUCGUGGGGGGCACCCACGAAUACCACGAACAUUGAGCCACCACGAAUUCUAAUGAUUCUAAGUAUAUAGGAUUAUUCAUUACAGUAUCUUUUGAUUUUUAUUAUACAUAUACAUGCAUUAACUGUUUUCAAAUGUUUACAGUAAAUAUAAAAGUACACGUUCAAAUCUCGUUCUAUCGCAUGCGUUCGCAACGCAUUUAUCUGUCACGGGUGUAUGGGUAUUUUUGUAUUCAACGUUGAAAAAAAGACUCACGGGUCAAUUUUCAACCUGGGUCAAAAUUCUUCGUUACAUGGGCCAGUGUGUUUAAACAUUUCACUUUAAUUUCUAUGAAGAUAUCAGACAAAGGACGGUUGGCUAUCUAUUCUUUUAAUGCGCUAUUAAGGAUAUCUGUACUUUAAUCAGAUUUCUAAAAUAUUUGUUGACUUUCUUA